GGGAUGUGCCUAGUCUGGGCUCUCCCUCAGCCCGCGGUCAGAAAUUUUGUGAGCUGCUCAACAUUGCCUUUCAUAAGUUUUCGGCCGAUGCAGAGCUUCCUUGAGUGCAAAAGCUGAUGCUUUGGUCCAAGUCCAUGAGACAUCUAGCAUUCCUUCUCGCAAUACCCCAGCUCUUGGCAUCUCAGGAGGAGAGACCUAUGGGCAGAAGAUUAGGGAGUCAUGUGCAACCUGGUUCCAGGCACUUGAGUCGGCUUCUGCGAUCCGAAGGUUUGAAAGAGCGAGCCGCAAACUUGCACGAGCAGACUGAGCAGAUAGCAGAAGAAGAUACCACUGGCCCUGAUGAAGACCUGCAUGUCGACAAAGGCCGGAAGAAACAUCAAGGCCAACAUUCCGCGACAGUGGACAGUGAUGGUUCAGUGGCAAGGAAUGUCAAGAAAGAUGCAAGCAAGAACCGUGCAACAGGUCUUUCUUCAAGAAAGCUGAUCUCCCACACGGUGAAGGUGCAAGAUGUUCAGACAGACUCAAAAGCCUCAAAGGAUGGCAGGGAGUUUGACGAUGAUGAUGACCCACCGCAGGAUUGUGAGUACGCAGACUGGGAAAAAUGGUCCGAAUGCAGUGAAUCCUGUGGUGGAGGAUCAAGAUCUCGGACUAGAGGUGUCAAGCAGGAGGGUGACAACGGAGGCACAGAAUGCAAAGAUUCCAAGAAGAAGCAGAUUGAGGACUGUAACUCUGAGAAUUGUCCUGUGGACUGCGUGAUCAGUGACUGGCAGGAUUGGAGCAAAUGUACUCCUGACUGUUCUGGGAAACGCAGUAGAUCCCGGACCAUCAUACAGGCAGCCAAGUACGGUGGUGAGGCAUGCGGUGACGCCAAAGAGGAUGAAUCUUGUGAUGGUGUCUGCACGGACUGCGAGUAUCAGGACUGGUCCGCAUGGCAGGAUUGUCCUGUCACUUGCGGUGGAGGCAAGCAAAACCGUACCCGUGAUGUAGCUGUGCCAGCUACCAAUGGCGGGAAAGAGUGUGUUGGGAACGCCACAGAGUCUAAAGCAUGUCGUGAAGAAGCCUGCCCAGCAGAUUGUGUUCUGGAUGAUUGGACAGCUUGGAGCGCUUGCGAACCCUACUGCCUAGGAAACAUGACUAGACAGAGGGGCAUAAAGACACCUCCUUCCAACGGUGGGGCUGCGUGCGGUGCUCAAAACGAAACGAAGGCAUGUGGCAACUUCUGCAUGAACUGCCGCUGGGACGACUGGAGCCCUUGGACCAACUGCAGCUCUGCUUGCGCCGGCGGCAAGACAAACCGGAGCACAGAUCAAACACUUGUGAUGCCAAAGGCAGAAGCUUCAGCUGCAGGUGCUUUGCUCGAGGCCGAACCAGUGGUAGAAACAGCGACUGCAGCAACUGCGGUAAAGGCAGAAAAGAUUUACGGCUUCGAACUCAAGGUCAACAAGAUGUGCGACAAGGCACACCAGGAUGCCAAAAGCCUCUCCUUAAGCAAGGCCAAAGAGCAGUGUCAGGCUGAUGCGAACUGUUUUGGCCUCUUCGAUGCUGAGUGCGAUGGUAAGGAGGUCGCCUUCUGCAGUAGUGGUUUUGUGCAGCAGCCACAGAAUGCUUCCUGUACAUACACCAAGAAGGAGAUCGGUGGAGGUGCUCCUUGCGAAGGUGAAGGAUUUGAGUCCAAGGAUUGCAACACAGCUCCUUGUCCGCGGGACUGCAUCUACACUGACUGGACCAAGUGGUCCAUCUGCGAGCCUUUCUGCAAGGGCAAUCAGAGCCGUAGCAGAAAGCGAAAGGUUGAGGCGGCAGAUGGGGGUAAACCCUGCUCCAAGGAGGACGAAGAAGAAAAGCGUAACUGCACCAACGAUUGCGCAGACUGUCGUUGGGAAGAAUGGAGCGAAUGGGCAACAUGCACAGCCACUUGCGGAGGUGGAACUCGCAGCCAUAGCCGCGACAUAGCAUCACCUCUACAGGGCGAAGGGCAGAACUGCACCGGGCCUAGCUCCGAAGAGAAGCCGUGCAACGAGCAAAGGUGCCCCAGGGAUUGCGUUCUGAGCGAUUGGACCGCUUGGACUCCAUGCGAUCCAUACUGCUCCGGCUCCAAGAAUCGGACUCGAGCCAUGGUCAGCAAUGCUACAGAUGGCGGCAAGCCAUGUGGUGAUUUGCUGGAGAAGAAGGCUUGCAGCAACGUUUGUGAAGAGUGCAAGUGGUCCCAUUGGUCUGCCUGGGCCCCAUGCUCGAAGACUUGCUCAGGUGGUGUUCAGAACCGGACCCGCUUCAUUGCUGUUGCGGCAGUGGGCGAGGGUGUAAAGAACUGCUCUGGUGAUUCCUCCCAAAUGCAAGGUUGCAACUUGGAAGAGUGUCCUUCGGACUGCCAGUACGAGGAUUGGGAUAGUUGGUCCGCAUGCAAGCCUUUUUGCAAGGGAUCGCGAGAGAGGAGCCGUACCGUGAGGGCUGAGCCAACUUUCGGGGGUGCAGCCUGCAGCAACCUUUCGCAGAAGGAGGCCUGUAGCAAUAUAUGCACCGACUGCGUCUGGUCCCAUUGGACGAAGUGGAGCCCUUGCUCCGCCACUUGCGCAGCAGGGUCGCAGGAGCGAAGUCGUAGAAUCGCUGAAGAGCUGCAGGGUCACGGCAAGAACUGCACUGGUCCCGCAAAGGAGACGAAGACCUGCAGCCUGGAGGAAUGCCCCGUCGACUGUGUGCAGGGCGAGUGGCAAGAUUGGACCCUCUGCGAACCUUACUGCGAUGGAGUUCAAAAAAGAACCCGACCUGUUCUGGUCCCAGCCUCGAAUGGUGGCGUUCCCUGUGGCCUACACAUGGAGUCGAGACAGUGCAACAACACUUGCUUGGAUUGUCUGUGGUCAGACUGGCUGGACUGGGACCCUUGUGAUGCAAGCUGCGAUGGAGGGUCACAGUCGCGCACGCGAAGCAUUGAUCGACCCAAAGUUGGCCAAGCCCAAGACUGCAUAGGUGCGAGCAAGGAGUCUAAGGACUGCAACACCAUGAGUUGUCCUGUUGACUGUCAAACGAGUGACUGGACCAAGUGGUCCACUUGCAGCCCCUACUGUUUGGGCACGCAGAAUCGCAGCCGCACCGUGAUGUCCCCCGCGUCCAACGGUGGCGCAGCUUGCGGUGUCCUCAACCAAUCGCAGCGUUGCACCAAUUUUUGCAUGGACUGCCAGCUCUCUGACUGGACUGGAUGGUCAAAGUGCAGCAAGAGCUGUGAAGGUGGUAUUCAGCAUCGGCUCCGGGAUGAAGUGUACGUGCAACGCAGGGCAGCAUUCAGCCUCAUGGAGCAAGAGAGUGCCAAGUCUUCCACAGGAGCUUUUGGCUACCAAAAGAGCAUGGGUGUAAGGUGUGACCCGGCCAACCAGCGCAACUUGGAUGGCGCUGGAAGCCCACAAGAUGCCGAAGCUCUGUGCAGUGCGGAUCCAUCUUGUGGAGGUCUCUAUGACCGCGGCUGCGAUAAUUGGCUCACCUUGUGCAAUGUAAACUUCACCCUGGAGCAUGAAGAGGGCUCAUGCAGCUACCUCAAACAGGAGAUCGGCCAGGGUCAGCCUUGUGAGGGCGACAUUAGCCAAACAAUGACGUGCAAUGAACAACUUUGCCCAGUGGAUUGCGUCAUGACGAGCUGGAGCGACUGGUCGCCAUGUGAACCGUAUUGCAACGGCACACAGACCAAAACCAGGGAGAUAAAAACCCCAGCUGCCUUUGAUGGUGAAGAAUGUGGUCCGACCAAAGAGGAGCAGAACUGCACGAACUACUGCGUUGACUGCAGUUGGACCGAUUGGUCGCAAUGGGACAUUUGCAGCGUCUCUUGUGGUGGUGGCACUGCGCGAAGAAGCCGCAAGAUCAACGAACUGAAGCAAGGAGGUGGAGCGCAAUGCCGUGGGGAAAGCGAGGAGUCACAGCCAUGCAACGCGCAGGAGUGUCCCAUUGACUGUGAAUUCUCCUCCUGGGGCGAUUGGUCCUCUUGUGAGCCCUACUGCAAAGGCGGUCAGGAGCGUCAUCGAGAAGUCACCAGGGAACCCGCUUUUGGUGGUAAGAGCUGUUAUGUCCUUGCUACCGAAGGGGCCCUGAGCAAUGAGACCGUUGGAGUUACCUCCCAGAUGCGACCCUGCUCCAAUUGGUGCAGAGACUGCAGCUGGUUGGACUGGACGCCAUACUCGAGAUGCUCUGCAAGUUGCGGAGGAGGUACCAAGUCGCGCUUCCGCGAUCAGCUCUUCGUGCUGCAAAGCAAGAAGUCAGGCUUUGAAGCAGCUUCUAGCAAUGCGGUUUAUGGCUACGAGCUGAAGAUGAACCUCAAAUGCGACGCUUCGAGCAUGCGCAAAGAAAUCAUGACGCUUCAAGCAGCAAGGGAGAAAUGCAAUGCCGACCCUGAUUGUGGAGGAGUCUAUGACGAGGGCUGCGAUGGCUCUGUAGCACUGUGCGAAGUCAAUUUCAACCUUGAAGCGGAAGAAGGCUCGUGCAUCCGGACAAAAUUGGAGAUGGGCAAAGGAACCGACUGUGAAGAGAUCGACAACAAAGAAACUCAGAACUGCGGCACUGCCAGCUGCCCCAUCGAAUGCGAGUACAGCGACUGGACCGCUUGGUCGCCUUGUGAGCCCUUCUGCAAUGGCACCCAAACUCGGAGUCGGGCCAUCAUUACCGAGUCACCAGAUGGGCCCUGCCUUGACACCUCUGAGUCACAAGAGUGCAGCAACCUGUGCACGGAUUGCAGGUGGUCUGAUUGGGAAAAGUGGAGCCCUUGCAGUGUCUCCUGCAAUGGGGGCUCCCAGAUGCGGAAACGUGAGAAGGCUGUGGAACAGGCAGGAAGAGGAAAAGACUGCGUCGGCAACAGCACGGAAUCCAAAGGUUGCGGGGAUCUGAACUGCCCUCAAGACUGCGAGAUGUCUGACUGGACGGCCUGGUCCACAUGUGAGCCUUUCUGCAGUGGGAAGCAGGAGAGGAGCCGCAAAAUCCUGAAAACAGCCAGGUUUGGUGGUGCUACAUGUGGUGAACCUGCUGAGCAAAGAGAGUGUGCAAAUGUCUGUAUGGACUGCGUGCUCUCAGGAUGGGCUGAAUGGACAGUCUGCAGUUCAAGUUGCGGAAGUGGCAGCAGACAACGUUUGAGGACUGAGAGCUAUACCCAGAGGAACAAGACAAUCUCCAAGAGCGCAGUCUCUUUGCUGGAAAUGGCUUCCCAGGCUGUGGGAUAUGAGAAGAAGAUGGCUGUGAAGUGCGACGAGGAGCACCAGAGGAAGGUGGACGCGGCAGCUCCCCUGGCAGCUCAGGAAGCAUGCAACAACGAUGAGAAGUGCGGAGGCCUCUACGACAAGGGUUGCAAGAACUUCUGGGCUAUUUGCGACACUGGAUUCAUUUUGGAGGAGGAGGUGGGAUCGUGCUCCUACAUCAAGAAGGAGAUUGGAGCUGGAGAAUCCUGUGACGGAAAUAUUGCGCAGGAGGAGGACUGCAAUGACCAAGACUGCCCAAUUGAUUGCAACUACACAGAAUGGACAGCGUGGUCAGCCUGCGAGCCAGCGUGCUCAGGGAUCACAAACAGGAGUCGAACUAUCAUCCAGGAGCCGCAGCAUGGUGGAGAGGCAUGUGGAAAGAUUGCAGAGGUGACCAACUGUUCCAACACCUGUGUGGACUGCGAAUACUAUGCUUGGGGUCCCUGGGAGGAUUGCACAGCGUCAUGUGGUGGUGGCACUCGUGUGCGAGCGAGAGAAAUUGCCGUUCAACAAGAAGGUGGUGGACGCCCUUGUCCAGGCAAUGCGACAGAGGUGGAAGCAUGUGAGACAGAGAUCGAAUGCCCUAUCGAUUGCAAGCUCUCUGAUUGGGAAGCUUGGACUCCUUGCAACCCCUAUUGUCAGGGAGACCAGCAGAGGAGUCGCAGCAUCAUCAGCCUGCCGUAUGCCGGCGGAGUGGCAUGUGGAGAGACGUCCCAGGUUGUGAAUUGCAGCAAUGCCUGUGUUGAUUGCGUGGUCACAGACUGGAGCGACUGGACUGAGUGUUCAGCCACUUGUGGUGGAGGCAGCAACUCCAGGUCUCGAAGCAUCAUCGUUCAUGCGCAAGGUGAGGGUGUCCUCCGCUGUCCUGACCAGCUCGAGCAGACAAAGGAAGACAUGUGUGCUCCCAUGGACUGCCCAGUGGAUUGCCAGUGGGCUGACUGGACGCCUUGGGACGGUUGCACUGCUACCUGUGGAGAGGGGACACAGGAUCGCACACGUGAAGAGGCGAUCACUCCAGCUGCUGGAGGUGCGCCAUGCGAGGGCAGCAACCGAGAGUGGAAGGCCUGUGACCUCGAGCUCUGCCCCCUGGACUGUCAAUGGGGUGAUUGGAGCGAGUGGGGCAAUUGCAGCAGAACCUGCGACAGCGGAUUCCAACGUAGAAACAGGUCCAUUGUCUUUCCGAAGCAAGGCGAGGGCGCUGACUGUGACGACCGCUUCGAGGAGAGCCAGCCCUGCAGCCAAGAAGGUUUCCUUGUUGGGCUAAGGGAAGGAGGGAGGGCACUGUAUGGAUCGCGGGCUUCAGCAUAUCCAAGCCCCCUUGACUGGCAGGAAUGGUCAGAGUGCUCAACCUCUUGUGGGCCAGAUGGACGGCGCAAACGCAUACGGGAUGCCGAGUCAGAGAUUGAAGGUGGCAGGCCUUGCAAUGAAAGCUUCGAAGAUAUCGAGGUUUGUGGUCUUGCAGGGUGUCCUCGCAACUGCAUUUGGGGUGAAUGGGGUGGCUGGAGCAACUGCACCAAGAGCUGUGGAAAAGGCAUUGCAUUCCGGGAAAGAGUACAACUGGUGGCGGCAGCCUUUGGAGGAUUCUGCGAAGGGAGUGCAGUACAAACCAACUUCUGCAACGAUGUGCCAUGUCCUGAAGACUGCGCAUGGAAUGAUUGGGGUGAUUGGUCUAACUGUACAGAGCCGUGUGGAAGCAGUGCCGCGGGGACAAAGGUCCGCCUUCGAACCAAGUUGGGCCCCUUCAACGGAGGGGAGGACUGCGUCGGCCCUGACAGUGACACAGCGGCUUGCAAUGCUCCUGGUGGCUGCUCAGUGAACUGCUCUUGGGAGGCAUGGAACGAGUGGACUGCAUGCUCCAGGAGCUGCCGGACGGGCACGCGUUCCAGAUAUCGCUUUGUGGACACAGAGGCAUUUGGUCCUUUGGGCCUCAACUGCACUGGUGCACCUGUUCAGGAGGAGCCAUGUGACACCCACACUCCUUGCCCUGUCGAUUGUGACUUCGAAGACUGGAACGAUUGGGGCAGUUGUUCCGUACAACCUUGUGGACCCGCUCGGCGAAGCAGGUGGCGGGAGGAAGGUGAUCCUGCCAAACAUGGCGGAGCUCCUUGCGCAGGCAUGACUAAUGAGACGGAGGACUGUGAAAUUGCGGGUGCUCCGCCACCUGUUCCUUGCAAUGUGACCAGCGUGGAUGUCACCAUACCUUUCUCCGGAAAGGCAACGGUCACAACUCCUCCAGGCAAUGGUUCCGAGACAGAGGCUGUAGCUGAGAUCGCCGCGGUGGAGGCAGCGAGAUCAGCAGCUGCCAGGGGUGCUUCGCCAGAAGAACAGGCUGCUGCUGCGGGAGAGGCCGCGUCCAACGCACCAGGUGGCAACGCUACCAUGGCAGCAGAGGCCGCGCUCAGUGCUGCGAAGGCAGCAGGUGCUUCCCCGUCUCAACAGGUGUUGGCCGCAGCAGCGGCAACAGCGGCAGCAGCGGCCAAAGCCAGUGGUGGAGAUCCAAGGAAGGCCAGUGAAGAUGCAGCAGCUGCGGCCUCACAGAUUGCCAAAGAGACAAAUCUGAGCUCAGCUGAGGAGGCCAGCUACACAGCUGCAGCUGCGCGUGACGCCGCAGUGAAUUCAGCCACAGACGUGACAGAAGUCGCGAAGGCAGCCCUGGAGGCUGCGAAAGCGGCAGGUGCCACGGCCACCGAACAGGUGGCAGCAGCUGCAGUGGCAGCCUCUGACGUGGCCAAGAAGCAGGGAGCCAAUGCCGAACAGGCCGCAGAAGUUGCAGUGGCUGCAGCAAAGGCAGCAGGAGCUUCGCCACAGGAGCAGUCCGCUGCUGCCACCAUGGCGUACAGCAGGGCAGGUGGCAACGAGACCUUGAACGCCUCCAACCUGGGUUUGCCGCCUGUGGUUGGAAGACCGAAUGUGUCAGAAGAGGAGGCCGAAGAGAUAGCCGAGAAGGAGCCUGAAUCUGUGACUGGAAGUGAAAUCCUCGAGGUGAGUGAUCCGGAUGCCUUCAUCAACGACGCCUCCGCUUUGGAAGCAGUACGGGAUGCCCUAGCUGAAGAACUUGGAGUUGAUCCGGAUGCCAUUGUUAUAACGGCUGCUGUUACCACGGAGACUUCUGCGACUGUGCCAGCUUUGUUGGAGAUGGCCCGAAAGACAUCCAUUGCGAGGAGGCAAGCAAGGCAAGUGAGGCAAGCUCCGGCAAGUGGUGAGGUCAACAUCACCUACAAAGUGGUGCCCAGUGUCAGCUCAAAGACCAGUGACGAAGUGAUUGAAGCAGUUCGGAAGUUGGACUCGGACCGUGCCUCAAAGUUGCACGAGAGAGUGUUUGAAGAGAAGCAGCUCCCAUAUCGGGUGCAAGUUGCAGAUCUCGAGGUCGCUGUCACAGAUAAGGACAAAGGCACAGCCAAAGAAGAGGGUGCUCUGAAGCCAAAGAGCAUCAGAAGUAGCGGCAGGACCUUAGGAUUCUCAGGUUUGCUGUUCUCUGCGCUGUGUGUGUUCAUAGCGAUUAUAUAGACAAGCUUUGCCAGACUGAAUUGCUGAUCUGAAAGCUUUGCUGC